UUCCAGCUGCUGGAGAAGGAGUUCUUCAGUUAUGUGCAGAAGGAGUUGGACAGAGUAUGGUGGGUUCUGACUCCUGAAAAACCAGAACCUCAUGAGACUGAGGAAGAAAAGCAGCAGUGGAGAAGCAUCAGAGAAGAAUUCUUGAGGAUCACAGUUCAUCUCCUAAGGAACAUUAAGGAGGAGGAUCUGGCUGACCGUCUGUGGAGCAGAAGUUGUGCUGCAGAGUGUGGACCUCAACUGAAGAAAAGGCUGCAGAAGAACUUCCAAAAUGUGUCUGAAGGGAUCUCUAAAGCAGGAACCUCUGCCCCUCUGAAUCAGAUCUACACAGAGCUCUAUAUCACUGUGGGGGGCACAGGCCAGGUCAACCAGGAGCAUGAGGUCCGCCAGAUUGAAGCAGCGACCAGGAACCAGACCAGACCAGAAACUACCAUCAGACAGGAAGAGCUCUUCAAACCGGACAGAGACCAACCAAUCAGGAGCCUGCUGACAAAAGGCGUGGCUGGCAUUGGGAAGACCCUCCUGACACAGAAGCUGACUCUGGACUGGGCUGAAGACAAAGCCCACCAGAACUUUCAGCUCAUGUUUCCUUUCAACUUCAGAGAGCUGAACCUGCUGAAAGAGAAGAAGCUGAGUUUGGUGGAACUUGUUCAUCUCUUCUUUCCUGAAACCAAAGAAUCAGGACUCAGCAGCUUUGAAGGAGUCCGGGUUCUGUUCAUCCUGGACGGUCUGGACGAGUGUCGACUCCCUCUGGACUUCAACAGUCAGGUCCUAACAGAAGCUACAGAGUCCGCCUCAGUAGACGUCCUGCUGACCAACCUCAUCAGGCGAAACCUGCUGCCCUCAGCUCACCUCUGGAUAACCACACGACCUGCAGCAGCCAAUCAGAUCCCUCCUGAGUGUGUGGACAUGGUGACAGAGGUCAGGGGGUUCACUGACCUCCAGAAGGAGGAGUACUUCAGGAAGAGGUUCAGAGAUGAGGAGCAGACCACCAUCAUCUCUCACAUCAGGAGCUCACGAAGCCUCUACAUCAUGUGCCACAUCCCCAUCUUCUGCUGGAUCACUGCCACAGUUCUGGAGGACAUGUUGAAGAGCAGAGAGACCAGAGAGCUGCCCAAGACCCUGACUGAGAUGUACAUCCACUUCCUGGUGGUUCAGGCCAAAGUAAGGAACAGUAAGUUUGAUAAAGGAGAUAUGACAGACCAACACUGGACUCCUGAGAGCAGGAAGAUGAUGGAGUCUCUGGGAAAAUUAGCAUUUGAGCAGCUGCAGAGAAGAAACUUGAUCUUCUAUAAAGAAGACCUCACAGAGUGUGGCAUCGACAUCACAGCUGCUUCAGUUUAUUCAGGAGUUUUGACCCAGAUCUUUAAAGAGGAGAGAGGGCUGUACCAGGACAAGGUCUUCUGCUUCAUCCACCUGAGUCUCCAGGAGUUUCUGGCUGCUCUUCAUGUCCACCUGAAGUUCUUCAACUCUGGAGUCAAUCUGCUGGUGGAAAAACAAACAUCCAAAUCCAAUAAAACCAGGACACCUAAAGAGAUUAAACUAUUCUACGAAACAGCAGUGGGCCAGAGCCUAGAAAGUCCAAACGGACAUCUGGACUUAUUCCUGCGCUUCCUCUUGGGUCUUUCACUGAAGACCAACCAGAGUCUCCUUAUAGGUUUGCUGACACCAACGACAAGUGACUCUCAUAUUUGUAAGAAUACAGCUGAGUUCAUCACAAAAACGAUAAAUGGGGAUAUAUCUCCAGGGAGAAUCAUCAAUCUGUUCCACUGUCUGAAUGAGCUGAAGGACACUUCUCUGGUGGAGAGGGUCCAACAGCUGCAUAGAUCAGGUCAUCUCUCCAAAGGUCUGUCACGUGCACAAUGGUCUGCUGUGGCCUACAUCUUACUGUCCUCAGAAGAAAAUCUGGACAUGUUUGACCUGAAGAAAUACUCUGCUUCCGAAGAGGCUUUUUGCAGACUGAAGCUUGUCAUCGAAGCUUCGAAGAAAGUUUUACUGGCACGUUGCGAACUAACAGAGAGAAGUGGUUCCCUUCUGUCCUCAGUCCUCAGCUCUCCGUCCUCUAGUCUGACUCAACUGGACCUUAGUCACAACUACCUGUAUGAUUCAGGAGUGAGGCUGCUGUGUGCUGGACUGAAGAGUCCAUACUGUCACCUGGAGACUCUCAGGCUUCGAUGGUGUGGACUAUCAGAGGAGAUUUGCACUGAUUUUUCCUCAGUCCUCAGCUCUUCAUCCUCUCGUCUGACACACUUGGACCUGAGUGACAAUCAACUGUUUGAUGUAGCAGUGAAGGCUCUGUCUGCCGCACUGGAGAGUUCACACUGUCACCUGGAGACUCUCAGUCUGUCAGGGUGUCUGAUCUCAGAGAGAGGCUGUGCUUCUCUGGCCUCAGCUCUGAGAUCCAACCCCUCCCACCUGAGAGAGCUGGACCUGAGCUACAAUGAUCCAAGAGGACCAGGACUGGAGCAGCUGUCUGCUGGACUGCAGAGUCCAGACUGGAGGCUGGAGACCCUCAGGGUGGACCACGGUGGAGAGCAGAGGUUAAGAAGUGGCCUGCCCAAAUAUUUCUGUCCGCUCACACUGGACCCAGCCACAGCACACCGGCACCUCCAACUGUCCUACGACAACAGGACGGCAGAGCAUGUGACCAAAAAUCACAACCACCCAGGACAUUCAAACAGGUUUGAGCGCUGGGUUCAGGUGCUGUGUGGAGAUGUUCUGACCGGUCGCUGUUACUGGGAGGUGGAGUGGAAAGGAGAAGCUGACGUCGUAGUUACUUACAGAAGAGAAGACGAAUCUCUUUUUGGAUCCGAUGACCAGUCCUGGAGUCUGAGGUGCCAUGAUAAAGGUUAUUGUGCCGAUCAUGAUGGAACAUUCACAGAGGUCGAGUUCAAGUCUGGCACUAGAGUCGGCGUGUUUGUGGACUGUCCUGCUGGAACUGUGUCCUUCUACACAGUCUCCCGUGAAGCUCAGCACCACCUCCACACCUUCUCCACCACCUUCACUAGACCCCUGUAUGCAGGAUUUGGACUGAGCUGGCCUGGUUCUUCUGUGGCUCUGUGUGACCCUUUUAAUCUGUAGACAGGUGGUCUGGGUGCGUGGGAGUAUGGAGCGCCGAAUGUUAAGUAAAACUGAAGACACCCAGCUUUUUCCUGAUCGAGCACAAAUCUUUGCCAAUAUUUUCACAGAUUUAGCAAAUAUUUGUUACGUUUGAGACAUUAUACCUUACACAUUGUUUCAUCUCUAUGUUAAAGCUACAUGCUAAAUUUAAAUCUUAAAUGUAAAUAUUAAAUCUAAAACCAAAUAUUAAAUCAAAAUCUACAUAUUAAAUCAGUUUUAAGGAUUUAGACGCCCCUUUCCUCCAAGUGGAGAUUUAGGCGCUCUCUUCUGCUCCUAGGAUUUUGAUUUAAUAUUCAGAUUUACAUUAAGCAUUUAGUUUUAACAAAAACCGAGAUUAAAAGGAAGAAAGAAGAAGAAAACAGUAGACUACAUUAGCUUAGUGUCACAAGCAGUCUCAUGUGUGCAUGUAUUUUAGUCUUGAUUUGCACGUCAGAUUGUGUGUUUAUUAUGUCAAUAUAGAGGCGACAGUUUUGUGCUUAUUGUCAGUUAAACAA